UCGCUGGAGGAGGCCCUGCGAGCUCUGGACCUGGCAGAUCUGCAGAAGGAGCUGGAGAAGAGCCGGAGCGUGUUCCCCGAGAACCCCUCCGUGUGGGUGAAGGACCUGGCCGGGUACCUCAACUACAAGCUGCAGGCACCCCAGAGCGACCCCGUGCUGAGCCAGCACCCCCACGACUAUCCAUACAGCCUGGCGAGCAAGGAGCUGAGGAGCAUCAUCCGGACCCUGCUGGGAAGGGCGUCGGGAGUGCUGGAGCUCUUCUUCGACCACUGCAUCUACACCAUGCUCCAGGAGCUGGACAAGGCCCCGGGUGAGCACCGGCCAGGAACCGCUCAAGGAACACUCUUGUCUCUUCCAGCCUCCUCUUCCGCACGGCUGCUCCGCUCCUCUGGCGUCCUGCCCGCCUCCCAGCUGGCCUGGCAGAAGGUGUCCCACGGCUGCCUCGAGGGCUACAGGUGGCUGGAGCACAGCCUGGCCCACCACGGCUCUGCAGCCGUGUCCGUCCUGCGGCCGCAGCUGGAGCUGCUCUGGGACACGGGUGGUGAGGUGGCCCGGGAUGUGUCCCAGCAGUGCUACUCCCUGCUCUCAUGGCUCCAGGGCAGCCUGCCCUGGCUCAGCGAGUGGGUCCAGACCCGGCUCCCCGAGUCCCUGCUGCACUUCGGCGAGUGCGUGCGGGAGCUGCUGCUGUUCCUGGUGUGGAGCUGCCUGGUGCCGCUGCUGCAGGGCCUGGCCUCGGCGCUGCAGCAGGGCUGGCAGCGCUGCCUCGACUCCUGCAAUGGGGACGUGACAUGGGAGUGCGUAAGGGACCACCUGACGAGUUUCACCUAUUCUUCUUGGAUUUACCUGCAAAACACAACCCUGGCCCUCAAAAACUGGGCCCUGGCCAUGAUUUCUGGACACUGAGCUGCUUUCUGGAGAAGGUCACGCUGUCUCCCGACAUUCCAACUGCCAGAGGGUAUCCCAGUGCAGCUGGAUGGGGGAUGGAGACGUUGAGGGCGAUGCCUACAGGAACUUUGGGUCAAAUCGGGGCUUUUGGGGGAGGUUUAUUUUCUGGGGGACUGGGGAGACACACAUACAGGUUUUUUC